AGGGCGCUAGUGAAAAUUCUUAGUCUUUUUACAGCCUGGUUUUCAAACCAAGAAGAGUGCAUUGUCUUGAUGCACGAACGCGUUCUGGAAGUGUGCAGUGAAGACAUCAGUUGAGGUGUAUUUUUGUUAACAGGGACAGAUUGUACGUCCCUGUGGUGAAUCAGUUGCCUUACCUUUCCUUUUAAUCUUUCACCGGGCAACAAUAUGGCGUCUGGCGGCAAUUCAGGGCAAGUUGGUGACGUCGAAGAGGAUGCUUCUCAACUUAUCUUCCCUAAAGAAUUUGAGAACGCAGAGACUCUACUGAAUUCUGAGGUUCACAUGUUAUUGGAACAUCGAAAGCAACAGAAUGAAAGUGCAGAGGAUGAGCAAGAACUCUCUGAAGUCUUUAUGAAGACUCUCAACUACACUGCACGAUUCAGCCGAUAUAAAAACAGGGAAACCAUAGCUAGCGUUCGGAGCUUGCUAUUGCAAAAGAAACUGCACAAAUUUGAGCUGGCGUGCCUAGCCAAUUUGUGUCCAGAGCCUGCUGAGGAGGCAAAAGCCCUGAUUCCCAGUCUGGAAGGUCGCUUUGAAGAUGAGGAGCUACAGCAGAUUCUGGACGACAUUCAUGUCAAAAUGAGCUUCCAGUAUUGAGUCCUGAUUUCCCAUGCAAAUUUCUCCUACAGUAAAGCUCACCCAAUGCCAUCAUAAUUACUUCCAGACUCUGUGAGACUGAUGGGGCAUAAUCUACUGAAUGAACUGGUUUGGCUUUGGAGACAAAAUGUUCCUGACUUUUAUAAUAUAUCCUGAGCUCAAAUGCUUGAGGUUGCAUACUAUCUGCCGAUCAAACAGUGUGUGGUUUGUAUCUCUGAGAUAUAUGACUGAUAUCUCUCGUUUUAGUUGUCUUAUUAUUUCUGUAGCUUUAUUGUGUUAAUAAUAAAAGAUACUUCACAUUGA